AUGAAAUAUCAUCUGGUAAGCACCCGUUCCCACUUCGUUCCGCUCCAUCCCUUCUCAGAUCUUCGUUCUCUUUCUGGCCUUCACCGUCUUCUCCGCGACAGCCAACAGGGACUGUCUGGUUGAGUAUCGUUGCACCGACGACGAAGUUUGCUGGAACGGAUCGUGUGUGAGGAAGGAUCCGUUCGCCGACACGAGACGACUCCGUUCCCAGUACGGAUACGAAGUGGCAAUGAAGUCGAAGCGAUGCGAGAGAUCCUCUGAUUGCGGUGGACUGGGCGGAGGCUACGUGUGCUCCAAGGGUUUCUGUCGACUCAUUCGCAAAUGA